AUGCCGAGUAUGUGGCUUUCAGAAAAUCAGAAGUUCGGAGUGAUCUUCUGCUGUGCAGGUGGCUUAUUCUUCUUCGGAGGCAUUAUCAUGUUUUUCGACCGAUCACUACUUGCCAUGGGAAACAUCCUCUUCCUAAUCGGCCUCACCCUAAUAAUCGGUUUCCAGAAGACCCUCGUCUUUUUCUCCCGUCCUCAAAAACUAAAGGGCACCGCCGCCUUCGCCGCCGGAAUCCUCCUCAUCCUCUUUCGCUGGCCAUUGUGCGGCUUCAUUAUUGAAUUAUACGGACUUUUCAUUCUCUUCGGCGACUUCUUGAUCACCAUCGGACAAUUUGCUGGCAACGUCCCCGUGGUUGGACCUUAUAUUCAACGUGGGCUUGAGAUCUUGGCGGGUGGUCGGAGUAACGCCGAGUUGCCUGUAUAA